UACAAUGAUAGUAACUGGAACUUUAACCGUGUUUGGUUUGAAUGGAGUUGAGAGGUUUUCUCUUCCGACCUAUGUCAUGUCCAGCUUUCUGCUUCCAUUGGAGAUAUGUGAGAACCUAGCAAGUGCCAUCGCACAAUUCUGGUGGAGCUCGACUCCUCCGAAAAGAGGAAUCCAUUGGGCAAAAUGGGAAAAAAUGUGUGCACCUCGAGAGGAGGGAGGAAUUGGUCUCCGUAUGAUCCAUGAGUUUAAUCUAGCUCUUUUAGCUAAACAGCUUUGGCGUCUGGUUCAAUUUCUGGAUUCCCUAGUAGCGAGAGUUCUUCGGGGAAGAUACUACCGUCUAAGUUCGCCGUUGCGAUUUGGCACAGCAAAUAACCCAUCGUAUGUAUGGACGAGUAUUAUUGCCGCAAGGAAACUAUUAUUGCUUGGCAUCAGAAGUAAAGUGCAUUCAGGGUAUGAAAUUAAUGUGUGGCAGGACCUUUGGAUCCCUUUGAGGCCUGCUAGACCGGCUUGUGCCCGGGCCCCAGCAGUAAACCUAAAGAUGACCGUAAGCAGUCUUAUCAAUCCUGUUUCAAAGGAGUGGGAUGUUAGAUUAUUGGACCAAUAUGUAGCUCAAGAGGAUAUUCCGAUGAUCCUGAGUUUGGCCAUAAGCCCUUCUCAUCGACAAGAUACUUUUUACUGGAGUUACACAAAGAACGGACAAUAUACUGUUAAGUCAGGAUAUUGAGUAGCUACAAAAUUUAUGAGAGAAGAGGAAGAUAAAGAAGUUCUACAACCCAGCAUUACAAAACUUCAA